CAGACGACAGCUGUAAACAAAAGCAAGGCCAAGAUCAAAGACACUUUUUUUUUCCUUUUUUUUGAGCAGCCUUUCCUCUUUUUAGGAUUGGAACAAAGAUUGGAAGCCUGGUCCAUAUCGCAAGACAGGUGCUUAAAGAAGUGACACUGCAGAUGGACUCGGAUAUGGUGUGACUUAAUUUUGAUGUGUAUUUUAAACAGGCAAGAAAAAGUGAUCCCAAUUUCAUUGUAGAUGAUAAAACAAGCUGUAAAAAAUGAUAAUGAGCCUCCUGCAAUCUUUGAGGUGAGAGAAAAUUUUGAUGACAUAAAAAGGGAGAGUGAGGAAGCAGCAGAAGAUAACCCUGAAGGGAGCUCCAACGGAGAUGAGAAUGGAGAUGAUGAUUUUAACUUGGAAGCAUUCAAUAAGGAAUAUCCUGAGCUUAGUGACACAACACACCAAAGAAAAUAUGGAUGUAAAGAUGCUUGAAAGUCUUUUCAUCACAAGAAUGUUUUGGCAGUGAUUAUUUGCGACUUCGCGUCAUCCCAACAUCAGGGAGUGAAGCCCCUUAAAUGUGACGUUUUUACGACCGAUCCAACUUACGUCAACAUACGAGAUCACUGAUGAAAAACUGGCCUUUUGUCCGUACUGUCCGCACAAAUACUUAAACUGUCUGAUGACAUGAGAAAACAUUUGACCAUUCACAUGAAAGAAAAAGCACUUUAGUGUGAUACCAGUGUUUAGGUAAAAUUUUAUCGCUUAAAACUGCGCUGAAAACUGGAUUAGUUGCCCACCAGCGGUUACACACAGGAGAACGUCGUUUUGCUCUUGAAUAUUGACCAAUGUGUUUCCGAUAUCACACGUCUGUGACACGAGUUUGGCUAAUUCAUACAGGUGAUAAACAGUUUUUGUGCACUCAGUGUGAUAAGACAUUUACGCAAGUUGCAAAUAUGAAGCGGGAUAUGCUGACUCACACAUCAGAAAGCAAAGAACAACUUUAUCCCGGUCCUUUUUGUGGUGUUGACUGUUGAGUUAGCAUCGAAGAGCGACGUCCGAAUCCAUGUGGCCAAAGAACACGAGCAAAAGAAUAAGAGUCAGCAGCCCAAUACCACCGGAUCUUCAGUAGCAGAAUAAAAUCCUGAUUGAGAAGCUAACAAUGAGUUCAUAACUAUUUACGCGGAGGAGGAAAAAUCUAUCAAGACUAAAAUUGAAGGCGCAGAAACUACGUUUCUGUGGAAAAACUUUCCCCGUGCACGCUAGCCUUGAAGAGCACGUCAGGACAUACACCUUAAUGCAUCUUUCAAAGAUUUCCAGUGCGCAACGUGCGGGAAAACGUUCUGUCAAGCAUCCUCUCUCAAGCUCUACCAGCACUUUUAUUGGGGAAUCAAACUACACACUUUCAACGUUUACCAAGCAAGUUUCCGAAAAAUCAACCAUCCUCCAUUGAGCGGUAUAAUAUGUGUUCUAUUGUAUACCAAUCUUAACUGUGGUGAGUUAUAAGUUUUAUCGGGAUUCCCCCACAAAUAGUAAUUAUAGUUUGUUUAACAGACUUUCGGCUCAGUAUUAAUUUGGAAAUGCUAUAAUAAAUCAUUAAGCAAUUUAGCAGAUAAAAUGUAGCCUAUCAAUACCACUAUUAACGGCAUUGCUAUUUUACAUAAAAUAUUUUGCAUCUUUCGAUGUGAAAUUUAGUUGUUUUCUUUUCCUUGCUUGAUGAAAGUGAUGCAUCAUUCUACGAACGGCACAGAGCACAUUGUUUUUAAAAUAAAGUAAUGCCACCAGUGAGUAAGCACUAAGCAGGAGAGUAGGAAAUGUCAAGUUCCGGGGAUUUUUUUCCGAUGAAAAUAAUAUCGUUUCUCCUUUCUCUGGUUUUGUAUGAAGGUAAAGAUGUAAAUGAAUUUAUUUUACUUUCAAAAACUGUUAACUUUAAUUUUACUGAUGAGAAAAAUGAAGCUUAUUAUUGAGAAUAUUUUUAUAGUAUUUUUGAUCUGUGAUCAAAUGGUCAGAUGACCCAGAUAACACUAAUUAAUUACAUGUUAAUUAUGUACGAUAAUCUCGACUUUUAUUAAAAUUUCCUGGGAAUCUGGGAUUGAUAGCAUUUAACACUGAUAAUUAUAAUUAAAAAGCUAUAAUUUAAAAUUCCGUUAAUAAAUGUUCGGCUGUUAAAAGCGCAAAUAAAAACUGUGUAUUAAAUCAGAGUGAACUGACAAGUUUUUAAUAGCAUUGUUCAGCAACAAAAAUUGCAUAUUUGAUAUUUCAAAUGUAAAAGAAAAAUUUGUCGUGUAAUUUUGGAUAACCAUAAAUCGCCCUUUGGUCAACUGCGCCCGCAGCCCGCAACGGGUAAUUCAUGGUUUUGUUUUUUUCCGCCAGACGGAUGUUGUUUAUUAAAUUUUUAGAAAAAUGGCGGAAAAAUCGUUUUCAACCCACGUGAAUCAGAUUUAUCUUCCUGGUGAUUCGGUUACGCUCUCAAAGACAGAUGAAAUCUCUACUGUCAAGAUUGUACUCGGGCCAGGAUUGAGAAAGUAUGGAAAACAGAUUCUAGUUACCAAACCUGGCGUUUUACGUACAAAAGCCUCGCCGGCCACGUAUUGGAUAGAUUGUCACCACAAACGAUAUGUUCCAGCCAGAGGUGAUGAUGUCAUUGGUGUGGUUACCAAUAAAGUUGGAGAGUCCUACAAAGUUAACAUUGGAUCCAGCGAAGAAGCCUCACUCUCAAGCAUUGCAUUUCCUGGAGCCACCAAAAAGAAUAAACCCAACAUUCAAAUUGGAGACUUGGUAUUUGCCAAGUUGCUCAUAGCGAGCAUUGACAUGGAGCCAGAGCUUGUGUGUGUCAAUUCCUUAGGUGAGAAUGUCGGUCUUGGUGUCUUGUCUACAAGUGGAUUCCUUUUCACUGUGCCCUUACACCACAUUCGCAAGCUCUUAAAUCCAGAGUGCACACUGCUGAAAUCACUGGGGAAAGCACUGUCUUUUGAAAUUGCUGUUGGGAUGAAUGGGAAGAUAUGGCUAAAGGCUAAGUCUGUCAAACAAACAAUUGCUCUAGCAAGGGCCAUUAGCAUUUCUGAACAUAUGAAUAAAGAAGAAAUGAACAAACUAUGUAGAAAAUUUGUAGAUCGACAAGCUGGAUUCUGAUUCUCUCGUGAUAAGUGUCAAUCAAUACAAAAAUUUUCCAAUUUCAAA